UUUUGUCUGUGUACGCGUUAAAUGGCUGGAUGACCGCUCGAAGUUUCCCGAUCUCGGGUCCGUUAUCAUGGCCGGGGACCUCAACAUUCGCAAAGAGGAAGAAUCAGGUGUCUGUGUGUGUGAGCGACACAGACACAUACACACAACAUGACACACGUGGCAUGCGCGUCUGUGUUGCUGUGUCUGCCUUGCGGUACAUGCAGAGCUGCCUUGCGGUACAUGCCUGUCGGAUGUGUACUCGCAGCUGCGCUGCCCAAAGAAGUGCCGCUACACCUGGGAGCCGUCCAAGAACGUCAACAUAGAGGACUGGAUCGACGAGGAAAACAUCCAGAAAAAACUGUGGCCGUAAGCAAGCUAAGCACUGCACACCCACCUCCACCGUCCGGAUGGAUGGAUGGAUGCUGUGUGUGUGUCGGCCAGCCAUCGAUCGGUUCGAUCGUGUCUAUGUGGCCAGUCGUGAUAGGUGUCAGCGGCCGUUGGAGCCAGAGCGGAUGGAGCUGGUGGGCCGCGAGAAGCUGCCCAGUGGCCGGCACGUGUCGGACCACUGGGGCGUCAUGGUGCGAUUCAAGUGGGGCUAUUGAUUGGGGAUCAAAUCGCUUUUCGUGUGUGUGUAGACACGGACAAGUGUGCGUUAGUUAUGUGACAUAUCUCCAUGCACCUACUGCCUGUCCGGCUCUCUAUUGACAUGCACACGUCUUAGAUAUCUUUUGUGCGCA